UACGACUAGUGAACAAUGGUCGUUGUGUAUCCUAAAUAAUAUUAUUUUAUAAAUCUAGUGCGAGUGAAUGAGAUACGAUGGAAAUAACAAAUAAAUUCUACUGCACCUUAAUAAUUUUCACGUGUUAUAUUUAUAGAGCAUCUUCAAUAUACUGUUUCUACUGCAAUAGCGCGAACAAUAGCGCAUGUGUGGACCCCAAUUUGUUAGAAGAAGACAUACGAUCUCGCAUCAUUCCUGUCGUCGACUGUGAGAGAGCUAUCCCAAGUCCGGUUCACGUGAACUUUUUCUGCCGCAAGAUUGUACAGACCAUAUACCAAGCCCACCACGACUCAGAACUACGCGUGACCCGCGGCUGCGGGUGGGUGCGCCACGAGAAGGAAUGCUACCACGCAAACAACCACGAUCAUCUGGAGACAGUAUGCCAGUGUUUCCAUGACCACUGCAACAGUACCGAUCAGCUCGACCCUGGCGCCAUGACCAUUGUCUUUUUAGCGCUAGCAGCGGUUUUACAUUAUUAUAGAUAA